AUGUCAAAUAUCGAGAAUCAAACAAGUAAAAAUGAAUUUUUGGAUUAUAGACGAUUGUGUGCGAGACAAAGACAAAAAAAAAGGAGACAACGAUUAACAAAUUUAUUCAGUCUAGAUAAUAAUACACGUCUUGAUUUAUUUAUUACAGAGAGAGGUGAAAAUGAUUUUAUAUCUUCUGAUGUUGAUGCUGAUAAUUUACAAAGUUUUGAUUAUGAUGAUAAUUUUCAAAGUCUUAUUUGUAAUAGUAAUUUACAAAGUGUUGAUUUAAUACAAGAUCUUGAUUAUGAUGAUUAUGUAGAAACUCCUCAAGAUGAUGAUUGUGUACAAACUUCUCAAGAUGAUGAUCAUGUACGAAAUCCUCAAGAUGAUAAUUAUGUACAACUUCCUCAAGAUGAUGAUUCGUUGUUUGAUACACUUUUUGAUCUGAAUGAAAGUGAACCAACAAUAGAUUUACACAUUGCAAAAUAUAUAUGUGAAGCCAAUUUAGAUAAGACUAAGACAAAUGAAUUAUUAACUUUAUUAAGUGAUGUACAUAAUCAAGAUGAGUUACCACCUUCAUCAAGUAUCAAAUUAUGGAACAAGUUGAACAUCAAAUUCGAUUACGUGAAGAUACAAUAUUGUACAAAUUGUAAGAUAGAAUUAGUACCUGGAUCUUCAUGUGGUUGCAACAAGCGCCAGCAACCAGUUUUGUCAGAAUUAAUAAUCUUUUCUGUUGUAAAUGAAAUUAAUCGAGUUGUUAAAAACAAUUAUGAUCUGAUCUUAAAGUAUCGAGAAGAAAAGAAUAAUCUACAACAUGAUGUUAUUCACGGAGAAAUUUAUAAAAAACAGUCAAACAAUAGUAAAACUCCAAUUACAUUAUUGCUUUCAUGUGAUGGCAAACCAACUAUCAAAUCGAAUAAAUCUUCCUUAUGGCCGGUAUUGGCCAGUAUUGUUGAAAUACCAAGGCCGUUUCGUGAAAAUGAAGAAAAUACAAUACUUCUUUGUCUUUGGCAUUCCUCAUGUGGUCCAACAGCUGAACAAUUGUUUGGCCGUAUUGUAAAUGAUUUAUCUCUUUUGUUAACAACUGGUAUAGAUAUUGAUAUCGGUGGUAUAGGUGUAUGUGCUGAUGGUCCAGGUCAAUCCAAAAUUACCGAGAUGAUAUCUCAUAAUGGAUAUUACGGUUGCCGAGUUUGUGAAUUUGAAGGAAUCUAUCAUCAUUCUGAUCGAACUUGUACUUAUCCAUGGUCUGUAUAUGUACAAACAAAUCCACCUUUUCGAACAAGAGACCGAUUUGAGUCUUGUCUAAAAGAAGCUGAAUAUCUGAAAAAUAUUGGUGAUAAAAAUAUUAAUGUUUUUGGAAUAAAAGGUGUAUCACCAUUAAAUCGUCUUCUUUUUAUUCCAACUCAAUCAAUAUAUGAUUAUUUCCAUUUGUGCUUGGAAAAAAUGUCUAUGAGCACUGUCUCAAAAAACAAUGCUUCACAACGUGUCGUCAUUGCAAGUUCACCUUCUGCAAGUCAAUAUCGAUCUUCAUCUGAAUAUCAAUCUUCAUCUCAACAUCAAGCAUCAUCUCAAUAUCAAGCAUCAUCUCAACAUCAAGCAUCACCUCAAUAUCAACCAUCAUCUCAAUAUCAACCAUCAAGUAUUCAUCAAUCUCGAACUGUUCACCGAUCUUCUAAUGCUCAUCAACUUUCAAGUGUUCAUGAACCUUCAUAUGUUCGUCAACCUUCAGAUGCUCAUCGAUCUUCUACUCAAACCACCAAUUAUUUUGGACCUAUUCGUUCUUCUAUUGUGCAAGGUGGUAUGUCAAAUCACGAGGUGAAUACUCAAUCUAAUCAAUGUGAAGAGGAUUUUACUCGUCCUGCCCGUCUUGUUACUAUUGAUGAAAAUAUACUUCAUGUACUUCUCGAACGAUAUGCCACCAUGGAAAACGAAAUACGAACAUUAAAAUGUACAACUAAUCAAAUUUUGAAGAUUGCUCGCAAUUCUAAAGCAAGAACACAAAUGGCUCAAAAUAAUAACAACAACAAUAAUAAUUAUCACAAUAAUAAUAAUAAUAAUAAUAAUAAUAGUAACAACAAUCAAAAUAUGGCUUCUAAUCAAAUUAAGAUAAAUAACAACUUGAAUGAUUUUGAUGUUGGUCCUCAGAUAGAUACAUUUGAUGAUAUUUAA